GAGUGAAAAUACAUCAGUUUAUUUCUAGACAAACUAACGAUUAGACGCGUAAACAUUUUGUAAUAACAUCAUAAAAUAAUUGUUGCCAAACAAACUAAACAUGUUAUUAUUUUUACUAAUUGUACUAUCAAUUAUUCUAUAUUUCCUGAUAAGACGCCAUUAUUCUUUGUGGCAACGUUUGGGUAUCGAAUACGAUGAACCAACAAUUCCCCAUGGCUCCCUACUAAAAGUCAGGCGUAAAGAAAGAGCCUUUGGUUUGGUUAUGUCUGAUCUUUAUGAGAAAUACACCAAGAAAUUUGUGGGCAUUUAUUUGUUUAUAAAACCGGCGAUUCUAUUGAGAGAUGCGGCUCUGGUGCGUCAAAUAAUGACAACUGAUUUUGCCAGCUUUCAUGAUCGUGGUGUUUAUGUCGACGAGAAAAAUGAUCCGAUGUCAGCAAAUUUAUUUACACUUAAAGGACAAACCUGGCGAUCCUUGAGAGCAAAAUUAACACCUUCAUUUACAUCAGGAAAAUUGAAAGGAAUGUUUAGUACGGUUGAUGAUGUGGCCGAUAAAUUAGUAAAACAUUUGAAAGGGCAAUUGGAUGAUGGAAAUACGCAUACAUUGGAAAUAAAAAGUCUGACUACCACCUACGCCAUUGAUAUCAUUGGUUCCGUUAUAUUUGGUCUGGACAUUGACAGUUUUAGCAAUCCUAAGAAUGAAUUCAGACAAUUAAGUGAUAGACUUUUCUUGCGAUCAGGAGUAUUAUUAAGCAUAAGAAACAUAAUGAGUUUUGUCUGUCCACCAAUUGCCCGAUUUAUAACCGCCCUUGGAGUUAAGGACUCUGUCGUGUAUAAUUUAAAAGAUAUUGCUAAGAGAACCAUAGAGUUCCGGGAGAAAAAUGGUGUAUAUAGAAAAGAUAUGUUGCAACUAUUGAUACAGCUGCGUAAUACGGGUAAAAUUAGCGACGAUAAUGAUGGUUUAUGGCAAAUUGAAACGACAGCGGAAAACCUAAAGUCCAUGUCAAUUGAAUUGAUUGCAGCGCAAUUAUUUCUCUUCUAUAUAGCUGGUUCAGAGACCACCGCAGCAACCACAUCUUUUACCAUUUACGAAUUUGCCAUGUAUCCGGAAAUACUGAGAAAGGCUCAAAACGAGGUAGAUGAAUGUUUAAAAAAACAUGGCUUAAUGCCCGAGGAUAAACUAACAUAUGAAGUCAUACAAGACAUGAAAUAUUUGGAUUUGUGUGUUAUGGAAACCACUCGCAAAUAUCCUGGUCUCCCAUUUUUGAAUCGUGAAUGCACUCAGGAUUUUACAGUUCCCGACACAAAUUUCACCAUUAAAAAAGGCACCGGCAUUAUUAUUUCGCUGUUGGGUAUUCAUCGCGACGCUGAAUAUUUUCCCAAUCCUAUGGAUUAUAAACCAGAACGUUUUUCUGAGGAGAUUAUGGAUUAUAAUCCUGUAGCAUUCAUGCCCUUUGGCGAGGGACCACGUCAUUGUAUAGCUCAACGUAUGGGUGUUAUGAACGUGAAGGUGGCUUUGGCUAAAAUAUUAGCAAAUUUCAAUAUUGAACCCAUGAAACGAAAAGAAGUGGAAUACAAAUUUCAUGUUUCGCCUGUACUAGUGCCAGUUGAUGGUUUGAAAGUGGGACUAUCAAAGAGAUGGUGAAGUGUUUUUAUAUAACAUUAAAGAUAAAAUCGUACAAGUGAACAGUUCUAAUCAGAAAUCUGUUGACAAUAAUAACAAUGAUGGAAAUAAUUCAAAACUUUUAAGGGCAUUUUAUUAAUAUUGUUACGUUUUAACCUAUUCAAAACGCUGGUUUAUUUCCUUUAAAUAAACUGAAUACUUUUGAUUGCAAAUAAAAGCCGUUUAGUAGUUUGAAAA